AUGAUUGAAGAGCUUGUAAAAGCUACAGCUGAAAACGAUUGGAACAAGGUUCGUCAGCUGCUUCAUUCACAUUGGCAACAAAAUUGCCCGAAGUUGUUUUCUUCGAAUCCAGAUGCGCCGUGGGAUCUCAGUUACGAUGAACUAGCGAUAAAUUCAUCACUCUUCCGCCCAUUGGCCGCGGCUUUUGUGCAAAACGUCGAAACGACCACAACUUCUUUGCUUUCCUUGAAUGAGGAAGCUGGAACAAACCCAACUGAUCGCCGCCCUGGGCAAAUUUGUGGCUAUGUCUUCAAAUGUGGAGAGCCAACUUAUUCGUGCAAAGAAUGUGCCACAGAUCCAACUUGCGUUUUGUGCAGGGAAUGCUUCAAUAACUCUAUUCACAAGAAUCACAAAUAUCGGAUGAGCACCUCUGGAGGAGCUGGCUACUGCGAUUGUGGGGAUAAAGAUGCAUGGCGUGAAGGACAUGCGUGUAGCACUCACGCGGUCGAUGGGGAAUUAGCUGACAAGAUGGAUGCCCUAUCCUCGGACAAGAAUAUCCCGCCAAUUUUGUACAAUCGAAUCUAUGGAUUGACGGCUAUCCUCUUACAAUAUUCGACGCAAAUGCUUUGUUGGCAGAAUGAGGAGAAACAUCCGGCUUUUACUAAAAGCCCACCAGAUUUUUCACCUGCAUUCCAAACGGUACUGUUCAAUGAUGAGACGCACACUUAUGAAAAUGUGAUACGGGCAUUGGAUAUUGCAAUCAACUGCACACAUAAUCAAGCGAUGACGCUGGCUACUAUCGUCGAUCGCGAAGGACGAAGCACUGUUCGGGCUGGUAAUCGAGCAAGUUGUGAACGUGUACGCGAUGAAAUAAUCCGACGAACGCAAAAAGACACGAAUCGCGUUACUGAAAAAACCGGGCCAUUGGUUGUCAAGGUUUACGAGAGUGGAUUCAUCUGUCAUCAAAUUCAUGCAAUUCAAAUAAUUUCGUGGCUGAAUCAACAAAUUGAACACUUUCCGAUUCUCAGCAACAUUCUUGGUGACGUUCUACUAAAUGUUGAAGCUUUGGACGACGAGUUGAGUGAACAGGAAAAUCCGGAGGACUUGAUGGAAGUCUGCAAACAAAAGCUUGUCGAAAAGUUCAUGUAUUGCGAUCGAAAGUUGUGGAAAGCUGCUCGUUCGAACUUUCACCAAAUGUUAAUGAAAACAGUGCUAAUGGAUAUGCAACAGAAAUACGAGUUCAGCAAGAGAUUUUUGAAUAUGUACACGCACAUGUAUGAAGACUUUUGUGACGAUGAUCAUAAACAUGAUGUUUCAAUUGUUUCGCUGACUGUGCAAUUUUUCACCAUUCCGUCGUUUGCACGAAGAUUGAUCGGUGAGGAGGACGCAAUCACAAGAAUCAUCGCUAACUACACCCGUCAUACUGCUAAAUAUGUGGCACCGGACCCAGUGACCAAUAAAAAUCGAUUCGACUUUACAACACAAGGUUUUACCGCAAUUCUGAAGCGAGCGAUGCACAUGCUUCGGGAUAUUGACUAUCUGUUGAAUCAAGUACCAAAACCAAACGAGUGGAACCCAGAACUCCGUGAUGGUUUUGUACGUGGAGCACAAUCUUUCCUCGAUUAUUUGCACCUGAUGCAGGGUAUGGAUCCGGUUAAACGACAACAAGGAGAACACAAGACUUGGGAGCCCGAGUGGGAAACAGCUUUUAACAUUCAAAUCCGUCAACAAGAGAUUAUUUCUAUGUUUAUUGCUUGGUGCUUGUCAGAUUUGGAAGUACAUCACCGAAUGCUCAUUCUUUGCUUGGAAGCGUGUUCAAAUCAAAAACCCAGUGUGACAGAUCCUGGAGAGCCAGGCGAAACGAAGACCAUUGUCAAAAUUGCCAAUAAGGAAACGGUUGUUCCAUCGUUUGAUGUACUUCGAGGCUAUGUCUCAAUCCAUCAACCAAUUUACCGCUUUCUGUCGGGUCUUUUUGCAGCAGACAAUUCUAUGCUACAAUUCUUGCAAAAGGAGAAGGGUGCAAGCUCAGCUAUUGAAAGUAUGAUUCUACAAAAAAUUGAGGCCAUGGAUGUAGAUUUGUACGAAAUGGCUCUACGGGUAUUUGUGUUGUGCGCUCAAUCAACUGCUGGAUUAUGGCGAAGAAAUGGAUUCUCACUAGUCAAUCAGAUACACAAUUACCAUUCGCCUUUGUGCCGAGCCGAGAUGUUUGAUCGAGAUUUGCUUUUGCUACAGGCGGGUGCCGCUCUCACAGAGGGAUCCCGAUUCUUGAUGCACUUAAUGCAUCGAUAUCGAAUCGACAAAUGGGCUGAUGAAAGUUUUGAGGGUUUCACAAAGGAAACCAAUGUGUUUGGUCCGAAGAUCGAGAUGGAGGAGAACUCAAAGUUUUUGGUCUCUUUAGCGGAAGAUUUUCUCCAUACACUUGUGAUGAUUGUCGGUGAACGUUGCAUCCCGGGCAUCGGAAAAUGUACACGUGAAGAUCAACUUCAACGGGAACUCAUUCAAAUCUUGUCGAUGGGUCCACAGCAGUUUAGUGCUAUCAGCAAGCGCAUCUCGCAAGAUCCUUUCCUGGAUAAACUCUCACUGGAAGAAGCUGUAAAAAGUGUGGCCGAUUUCAAAAAGCCAACUGCAACAACACCUGGCACUUUUCAUCUGAAAUCUUCAUUUUUUGAUCAAUACAAUCCAUUUUUCUACCAUUACAGCAAGUCUGACCUGAGCCAAGCCGAGCUUUAUCAAGAAAAGAUACGCCCAAAGAGUGAUCGAGCAUUGAGCGCUUGCCCACCACCACACUUGGUUCAUUUUGAGGUAUUCUUCGAACCCGUUCGUCACCUUCUCUCAUGCCCAAUGUUAAUUGAUCUUCACCGAAUCAUUUUGGAGAGAACCGCUAAACGAAGUCGUUUUUCGUCUGAUCGCCUGCUGCAUAGGUGCCUUUAUUUAAUUGGAAUGGCUCUCAAUGAACAAUUGGACAACGGUCAAAAUUUUGAUUUCAUUCAAUAUGCACAGAAGUCGGAACUCUUAUCAGCAUUGGAAGCUUUGAAUGGAAAACCUGAAGCCAAUCCCCACAACGAUCUUCUGCUAUGGGUGAUUCAGAAAUUCAAAGAAGUGGAACGUACAUCAAAGAUGGAAACGACAGCUGAAGUAAAGCAAGAUGUGGAAAUGCCUCCCGAGAAAGAAGAUGCUGACGAAGCAAAGAAAAAGCGAAUGGCAAAGGCACAAGCAAUGCGAGCUGCUGCUUUACAAAAGAUGCAACGUUUGCAAAAGACCUUCAUCGAGAAUGUCAAGAAGGAGGCUUUGGAAAAAGAAGAUGAAGGACAUGGGUUGGCGAUAACAAUGACAAGUCAACUUGCUCGUAGAGAUGGUGACGAAGACGAGGAUUUGGUCAAGAAAAUUUCUGAUCACGGCUUUUCGGUUUGCAUUGGCCCAAAGAAAGUUAAGGUAGAAGAAGUCGAACCGCGUAUGGUCAAGUGCAUUUUGUGUCAAGAUGAAGAAAUUUUGAACGAGAAAGCUCGUCCUUUCGUUUGUGCGGCUUUUGUUCAAAAAUCACAUCUCUUUUCUCAAUCGGCAAAAGCUCGCGAAACACAGCUCGACGUCCAUCUCGUCAAUGCUGCGCUAUCUUUUGGUGUCGACGCCUCAACUUGUAGUCACACGAUGCACUACGAAUGUUACCACACCUUAUCAGAAUCUUUGCUGACACGUGAUCGUCAAAGAACCCGUCAACAAAUGCUUCACAAUCAGAAAAUGCUGGACACCGAUUCUGGGGAAUACCUUUGCCCGUUGUGCAAGCGAUUGUCGAACACAGCAAUGCCUCUUAUUCCAACACUGCACUCUCUUCCUGUUAACGGCUUUACUUCAAUUCGUCCUUCAACUUUCGAAGAAUUUGAUGUUUGGGUGGAUCGUGUUGGACAAUUGGUCAAUGCACCACUCACUGGGUUGAAACCUUCUGGAAAAUCCCAUUCUCGAAAGAGAUCUCACUCGGAACGAGCAAUAAACGAAAUGAUACACGAGGCAACGAGAGAUCCGUUGGCUUCUGGAAAGAUUGACAGUGCUUUAAGCAGUUCAGUCCCAAGCGUAUCGUCGGUGAACCUUGUCGAUAACAUUGUUGAUCCGGAUCGGGUUCCGCUUUUGGCUGAACUUGAACAGCAUCGUGAAAGAAUGGGACAAGAGCAUGAAGCACGGACAACCGUUGAAGAAAUGCAGGCGAUUUUGGGCCAAGGCCUUCAGGGAAAUGCGCCAGCAACAUCAGCAUCCGUUGAGGACACUAGACGCGGUGGAUCGCGCGAUAGACGUUCGGAUGUGGGAACAUUCAUUGCGAGUCUGCCGAAUACAAUCUUUGGUUUGAUCACACGGAUGCCACAAGCUGUCAUCGCUAAAUUCAUCAAGAAGAUUGUGCCCAUUGAAAAGUUUGAGGAGAGCGUUCGUGCUUUCACUAAAUUUGUGAUCCGUGCAAGGGAUGACUCAAGGGAGCUAGAAGAUCAGGUCAAAGGAGUGAUGAGCGCUAUUGCGAUCUGGAAGACUACCGCUCACGUAGCAAGAGCUAUGUCGUUGGUGUUGAAGGAAGAGGGUAAACCCCUUUUUGGAGCGCUCAAUUCACGACAGCGUGAUUGCAUCUUUGCGCUUUCUCGACUUUCGGCUUUGCUUUCCUACAAUUUGCAGCCAUUUGGAGAAGUGAUUGCGCAAAUGCUGAAGGUCUUCUUGUCGCAAUCAGCAGAGGGAUUGCCAGCAAAGUACUCGGCGGAAGGAGGCAGCUCUUCACCUACAGCCACAUCUCCUGCUCCCCAUGAAGCGGCUACACCAACUACUAAAUUUAUGCAAUCACAAUUCGCUCAAUUUUUCCUACCAUCUUCGCCAUUGGGACGCAAAGAUGCUAUGAAAGACUUUAAUGUGAACAUUCUUCACGUUGAUAUGCUUUCAUUGGCGUUGGAAUUGAUGAUGUGCAUUGGAUGGACAUGGCAUGCCGGAACUGGAGCCGAGGCAUCACAAAUUCUUGGUUCCGUUAAGCAGUCUUUCCCACUUCGUGAACUGGUCCCCGAUGGAAGUCUUGACGAGUUGUAUGUUCUUCGUCUGGCUGUUGUUGCUCAUUGUUAUCAGAUUAUGGCCACUUUUGACGACAAGGAAGUGAAAGAUUCGAAUGCUAAAGAGCCAAUUGCUGCAAGUGGAGAUUUGGAGAACAAAGUUAUCUCGCUGUGGGAGAAGAUUCACAAAAAUCGUCCUUUGACCGAGCGGAAACAGCUGAUUCAGACUCUUCAUGAUGGUGUGCUUAGCAUGUUAAGGCCAAUUGCAUUGGUUUACUAUUCGAUUACUUUGGUUCCACCACCCGAAGCUUUGAAAGAUCCAUCUGUGGAAGAGCUCGAGCCACUGUGCCGGUAUUUGGGAUUGCCAACGUCUCUGUUUGAGUUGCUCGAUGGAAGUGCUACGAAUAGAUUGUUCGGACUAUGGUCUUUGUCACUUCCCCAAUCAUCGCAACGUUUGGAACUCGUCAAGCAACCAAUUGCACCUCGACUCUUGGUGGAUUUGCCUGAAGACUUCUCGGAGUUGAUCAACAUUGCUGCUAAAUUCCGGUGCCCAUCCAUUCCACUUGAAGAAAUGGCGGCCUCAAUUCCGACGAUGUGUUUGGUUUGUGGAGAGGUUCUCUGCUCACAAUCGUACUGUUGUCAAAAGCAGAUUGGAAAAGAAGCUAAAGAUGUGAUCGGCGCUUGCCAAUAUCAUAUGCUUUAUUGCACCGGACAAUCUGGACUCUUCUUGAGAAUCCGCGACUCGCAAAUUGUUCUUCUGACUUCUCGGGCACGUGGUUGUUUAAAGGCGGCUCCGUAUGUUGAUGAGUUUGGAGAAACGGAUGUCGGCUUUCGACGUGGAAACCCACUUCAUCUCAAUCAUGAGCAAUACAACAAGCUGCGACAAAUUUGGAUGCAUCAAGGUGUCGCUGAGGAGGUUGUCAAUCAAUUCGAAUUGGACCCUCGCAACUUAGGAUAUGAUUUUAAUCAUUUC